GGUAGCAGAAACAAGGGAAUGAAUAAGACACACGAGAGAGAAAGAGAGAGAGAGAAAGCGACUGGAGGAGAGAGAGAGAGGGGGGAGAGAGAAAACGCGUGCCGUGGUUUUAAAGAGGGCAGAGAAAUUUAUUUCUGUUUCCGGUUCUGAUGCUGGUGGCGGUGCAAGUAGUUUUUUGUUUUUUUUUAAUAAAUACAUAUUUUAAAUAAUUGUAUAGAGAGAGAUUGUUCCUCUUGUGCAGCAAACGUCUCCCCUCCUUUUUCUUUCAUGCAAAAAAAACCAUGAGUUCUUAUUUUGUAAAUCCUCUGUUCUCCAAAUACAAAGGAGGGGAGUCGCUGGAACCAACUUACUACGAUUGCAGGUUUCCUCAGAGCGUCUCCCGGAGCCAUGCGCUGGUUUACGGUCCAGGUGCGGCGCCUCCCGGCUUCCAACACCCGAGCCAUCACGUCCAAGACUUCUUCCACCACGGAACUGCCACCGUCUCCAACUCGGGCUUUCAACAGAGCCCGUGCGCGCUGGCUUGCCACGGCGACACCUCCAAGUUCUAUGGGUACGACGCUCUUCCCAGGCAGUCGCUUUACGGUUCACAGACAGAAGCGACCACGGCUCCCUACCCAGACUGUAAAUCCACCGGCGCAGGCUCCAGCGAGGGGCAAAGCCACCUAGCCCAAAAUUCAUCUCCCAGUCUCAUGUUCCCCUGGAUGAGACCACACGCUCCAGGGAGACGCAGUGGAAGACAAACUUACAGCCGAUACCAGACCCUGGAGCUCGAAAAGGAGUUUCUGUUCAACCCUUACCUGACACGCAAGCGCCGGAUCGAGGUGUCCCAUGCGCUGGGUCUGACGGAGAGGCAGGUCAAGAUCUGGUUUCAGAACCGCCGGAUGAAAUGGAAGAAGGAAAACAACAAGGACAAGUUUCCGGGACAGCGAGGGGACGAGGAAGAGAAAGAAGCCGAGGAAGAAGGGAACGAGGAAGGGGAGGGAGAGGGAGAGGGAGAGGGGAAAGAGACCGAAGAGAAAGAAGCGGAGGAGAAAGAAGACCAGAAAAGGAAGGAAUGAUUUUACGACUUUCUGGUUUUAUGGUUAUAUGGUUAAAUAAAAGGAUGUUUACGACCAUCGUUUCAUUUUAGUGAGUGGAGAAAUUCACACGCGGAAGACACUGUCAGCCCUUUUUUUUCGUUCGAGUCCACGCCUCACCCCCAACGUCCGCAGUAAAAGGGACAACAUGGUUCACCGAGAAACAAUCUCAUUAUUAAUAACGCAAAGAACAGAUCCUCCUACUGUCGUAUCAAACUACCUGCUAUGUUAAAUUGUAUUUAUUCGGUGUUUAGGGUUUAGAAUGAACCACACCGCCUUUGGCAUCAGAGAAGCUAUAAAAUAGUUAGGUUUUUAAUAAUCAACUUGUACUACCUAUUUGAAAGAUUACACAAUAAAUUAUAUUAUAUUAUAUUAUAUACACACACACAGUAUAUUGGGUAGGAUGCCCGGAUUGCAAAUUCAUUUGAGGUAUUUUACCUAGGAAGAAAAAAAAUACUGGCGUAUUAGUUUAUUGUUUCUGUGGAAAAAAAUUCUGAUACCGCAUUUAAAAUAAUUAUAAUGAAACCAUCGUGCUGCUGUUUAACUGAAAUGAUAGUUUACACUUCCACUGUUAGAACAGUGUCUUUAGAACAGCCUUCCAGGUAAAUGCAUUAAAUCCUUCAAAUACUACCUAUAAAAAGUGAACUGACAGUAAAGAAACACCCUAAAAUGCUAUUUUUAAUGUUACUUGAAAGCGAAUUGCUAGAAGUUUUGGAUUAAACGCAAGCUUGUAUUAAUACUAAUGUAAAGUCUCUACCUAAUAUAUGUAAUUAUAUUGUUGUAUGUGCCCCCCCCCCCCCCCCGACAACUAAAACUGCCUAGAUACACUCACAGUACCGUUUAAUUUCUAUCGUGCUUGUGGUGUAGAUUAGAACAUACGUGCACUGAGAAUACUCUUAUCUAUGUCUUGGUAUGUAUUUGUUUGCUACAUGCUCGUUCACUUGUUUUUAAGUAAAAAAUAAACACAUUUUAAAAAA